ACGAUAAUUGGCAUCAUCUUCUUCCUUGAACAAAAAUGUGGAGUGGUAAAUCUUUCACGCUGCAGCUAUGAGUCUUAAGGAACUCAUACAGCAAUUCUUUACUCUACAAGAAGAAAGAGUGAAGACAUACAAAACAUUUGACAGUGGUUUCAAAGUAUAUCUUGAAAGUGCUCCAAACUAUGAUUUCCCGUCAUAUCGGCAACUGGUGCAUGAUAUCACACAGAAAUUCAAUAAGAUAUCAAGUGAUGUUAUUACAAUUGAAACAAAGUUUGGGGAGGCCGGGUUUACAAAUAUUGCAGAGCUAAUCAGAAGAAUACAACUGAAAGAAAAAGAGAAACUGGAACUGACAGCUCAGUUGCAAAUAGUACAGCAAAGUUCGGCAUCGACAGAUCCUUACGGUGAAAGUAAAGUUGAUGAGGCAACUGGAAUCAAGUUGAGGCUGCAGAGUCAGGCUAAUCAGUUGUAA